GGAAAACAAUUUGAUAGGAUGGUGAACGAGUUGAACCAAGAAUCAUCUCAAAGGGAGUUUUGCAGAGAGGGGUUUUUUAAUGGUAUUGUGGAUCUUUAUCAUGGUCUUGCAAUUCAUCCUGACAACAACAGGAUUGCAUCACACAGAAAACUAAAGACAUAGGGACUGCCACUGGUGGACUUUACCAUCUUCAAAACCAGCCUUUCUCAAGUCAAGACCCAAGCCUCUUUUUCAGCUCAAACACAACCCAAGCAAAGAAGCCUAAAGUGUUCAAGAAAUUUAAGGCAAAUGUUAGCCAAAUUCCUCAAACAAGUGUUAGUAACACUGUAAAAAGAGAACAAAAUGUAGUUGAUUGUUCUGGAAAAAUUGUUUUUGUCAAUGACUAUCCUUGUAAUGCUUUGUUGUCUUAUAAUGCAAAGUGUUCUGAUUACUCUUUAUGGCAUGUUAGACUUGGACAUGCUUCUUUAGGCAAGCUUAAGCAUAUUACAUGUUUAAAAGAUCACAUCAAACAACACAACUCUGAAAUUUGUCUUUCUUGUCCUAUGACAAAACUAACAAAAUCUCCCUUCUCUCCCAGUGAAACCACAGUGGCAGGUCCUUUUGAUCUUAUACAUAUAGAUAUAUGGGGCCCUUACAAAGUUGCUUACAAAGAAAAAUAUAGAUUCUUUUUAACUAUAGUUGAUGACUAUACUAGGGCAACUUGGGUUCAUCUUCUUAAAAACAAAUCUGAUUCUUUUGCUACAAUCAAGGAAUUCUGUACAUAUGCAAAGAAUCAAUUUGAUAAGAAUGUUAAGAUCAUCAGGUCUGAUAAUGCUCUUGAAUUUAAGGAUCAAGACUGUAUUGCUUUGUUUAUUGAAAAGGGUAUUGUUCAUCAGACUAGCUGUGUUGACAGACCACAGCAAAAUGGAGUGGUAGAGAGAAAGCAUAGGCAUCUACUUGAAAUAAGUAGAGCCCUGAGGUUUGGUGCUGGAUUAAGCUUGUCAUAUUGGGGUGAUUGUGUCCUUGCAGCUGCCUAUAUUAUAAAUAGGUUACCAUCUCCUGUAAUUAAAAACAAGACUCCCUAUGAAAUGAUGUAUGCCAAGCUACCUGAUUAUGAUCAUCUUAAGUGCUUUGGUUGUCUUGCAAUGGCCUAUAAUCCAGAUAGAGCAAAGGAUAAGUUCAAGACAAGGGCUGUACCUUGUCUGUUUUUGGGAUAUCCUACAACCCAGAAGGGUUAUAAGCUUCAAAAUCUUCUCACAAAACAACAGUUUGUCUCUAGAGAUGUUCAAUUUUAUGAACAUAUCUACCCUAUGCUUAAAACUCAAACACAUAACCUUAUGAACCCUGUUCCUAUUCCACUUCCUUCACAACACUCUCCUGUAGACAUCUAUGAUGACUCUACAUUGACUACACUCAAUGACAAUAUGGAACCUAACCUUGCCCAACCUGAAAAUCAAGCCUUACCUACACCAACACCAACACCUAGCCCUGAAGCAUCACCUGUUCAACCCUCACCUGAACCACUGCCCUUGAGAAAAUCUACCAGAGUAUCAAGGCCUCCUGGGUGGUUAGAUGACUUUGUUACAGCUCAUACAAACAACAAUCAACCAGGAGUGGUCUUGCCUUCUGUGACUACCAAUGUCACUGAGCAUUUUGUAAACAUGGUAAGAAAAAUCAAUGAAACUGAAGAGCCUCAGAAUUACUAUGAAGCAGCUGCUCAACCAGGCUGGGUUGAAGCAAUGAAUAAAGAGAUUGAAGCAUUAGUAGCCAAUGACACCUGGGUGAUCACCACAUUGCCAAAGGGAAGAAAGGCUAUUGGAUGUAGGUGGGUAUACAAAACUAAGUAUAGAGCUGAUGGAAGUGUUGAAAGGAAGAAGGCAAGGCUAGUAAUUCAAGGGUGUAAUCAGAAGAAAGGGGUUGAAUACACUCACACAUAUGCUCCUGUGGCUAAAAUGAGCACAAUUAGAGCAUUGCUAGCUGUUGCUGCCAUGAAUAAAUGGCAUACCUGUCAGAUGGAUGUGCAAAAUGCAUUUUUGCAUGGUGAUUUGCAAGAGGAGAUCUACAUGAAGAUUCCAUUAGGCUAUCAUGAAGCUACCCCUUAUGCAAAUGAGAGGGAGUUUGGAACACAAGUGUGCAAAUUGAAGAAAGCAUUGUAUGGCUUGAAACAAGCACCUAGACAGUGGUUUGCCAAACUGUCAAGUGCCUUGUUUUCAUUUGGUUUUGUUCAAUCUCAUGCAGAUCAUUCUCUGUUUAUUCAAGAGAAGGGUGAUUCUUUCACUGCUGUCUUAAUCUAUGUUGAUGAUCUACUUAUCACAGGCAACUGUAAUCAGGCUAUUUCUACUCUAAAACAUCUCUUGAGUACCCAGUUUCACAUGAAGGACUUGGGAAAUCUGAGUUACUUCUUGGGCAUGGAAUUCAUCACAUCUUCACAAGGCAUAUUUGUAUCUCAAAGAAAGUAUACUCUAGAUAUACUGAGGGAGUAUGGUGUUGACAAGCAAAAGCCACUCAAACUUCCCUUAGAUGCUCAUCUUAAACUUGAACCUAACAAAGGAACACCCCUUCCUAAUCCUGAAUCCUAUAGGAGGCUCAUAGGUCAAUUGAUCUAUCUCACUAUAUCCAGACCUGACAUUGCAUUCUCUGUACAACUUCUUAGUCAAUUUAUGCAAGCUCCUACUUCUACUCAUAUGCAAGCAGCUAGAAGGGUUCUAAGAUAUCUCAAAUUGGCUCCUGAACAAGGUAUCUUGCUUGCUAGCAAUACUGCAGCUACUCUUACUGCCUAUUGUGACUCUGAUUGGGCUUCAUGUCCAUACUCUAGAAGGUCUACUACUGGGUAUUGUGUUCUUCUAGGAUCCUCUCCUAUUUCAUGGAAGAGCAAGAAACAGACUGUUGUAGCUAGAUCCUCAGCAGAGGCUGAGUAUAGAGCAAUGGCUCUCACUACAUGUGAAGUGACUUGGCUUAUGUCCCUUCUCAAAGAUCUAGGCCUGAAGAAAUUACAAACUGCUGCCCUGAAGUGUGAUAAUCAGGCUGCUCUCUGCAUUGCUGCUAAUCCUGUGUAUCACGAAAGAACAAAACACAUUGAAGUGGACUGUCACUUUCUCAGAGAGAAAGUAGCUCAAGGGACCAUUAAAACAUCCUAUGUCCCUUCUAAGGAACAACUAGCAGAUGUUCUCACCAAAGCGCUUCCUGUUCAGCAGCAUAACAAGCUUCUCAGCAAGAUGGGAGUGCAGCUUUCACCUCACUCACAUCUUGAGAGGGAGUGUAAAGAGCCUAAGCAUUAGUAUUCUAUCUUACUACAUCAUGUGAGCUGCACAUGUUAUAUUGCUUAGGUGUCUAGUCAUGUUUUGUCUUUAUAUGUAAUCUUUCUAGGGAUUGAUUCCCUCAGUUGUUCUCUCCAAUAUAUAAGGAGAACUAGGUUGCUUGUAAUAGACAACACAGGAGAAUAUAAUACACAAAAAGGUUGUGCCGUCAUUGAAGGCCACAAACCUAAAAAUCCUAUCUUGCCCAUUGCCAUUAACUGUCAGCAGCAUUCAUCCUCUCUCAUUAAACUUCUCUUCAAAAUAAGAGUUAUCAAAUAAGCCAAAUAUUACCUCAUAGGCUCAUAUGAUGGGUGAAUGUUUUCCUUUUGAGACUUAAUUAGUGCAGUUUAAUUACUAAAAACUAACAAUGCCGCGAUUAAAUGACUCCCCCAAUGAAUUUAUUGUGUAAGAAUUUGCUACGCGAUCCACCACAGUAAUUGCCAAAAAGAUGACUACAUAGAUUUGGGAAGAAUUUAUAAUAGUAUUGGGUUUAAUUAGAUUACGUUUACAUGAAUUGACAUUUUCGUAUUCUUUUGAUGAUUCCAUGAGAUCGUUGUUGGUUUACACAUCCGACUUUUUCUUUGGUUUAGAGCAACUCCAAUGGUGAACAUUAGGGACUUGCUAGCAAAUAAAUAAAAAGUUAAGCAAUUAGCCUAACUAUUGAAGUGAGUAGCUAGAAUUUCAUUUGCUAGCCAAUGUAGCUUAACUAAGCCAAUUGGCUUAAGCUAAAAUUGUGGGCCCAUGUGGGAAUUUUGGUGAACAAUUUCUAUACUAUUCUCUAAAAAAAACUAUCUUACUUCAAUUGGGACCUACUCAUAUUGGCUAACCAUUGGGGGAGUUUUGGCUUAAAAUGGAGUUAGCUAGAAAAAUCUAUGUGUCACUCUAAGCCAAUUUUCAUUUUGCUCUACCAUUGGAGUUGCUCUUAGGGGUCUUUUUUAUUUGGAGUUUACAUGGCAUAAUCCGGCUAGGAUUGAAUCAAAGAUGA